GGACAGAAGAGAGAUCAAGGUGACAUCACCAGCUGUUGCAACUGGUUUCCAGUACAGGGCUUCUUGUUCAUUAACAGAUGUCCCAACUAGUUUCCAGUACAGGGCUUCUUGUUCAUUACCAGAUGUCCCAACUAGUUUCCAGUACAGGGCUUCUUGUUCAUUACCAGAUGUCCCAACUAGUUUAACAACCCCACAUCACCAGAGGACAGAAAAGACCAUGCCUCUACUGGAGGACAGGAAAGACCACGCCCCCAGCGCCUCUAGGUUGGCAACGACCCUACCAGAGAACAGGAAAGACCACGCCCCCAACAGUCCUGGGUUGGCAACGACCCCACCAGAGGACAGGAAAGACCAUGCCCCCAGCGCCUCUGGGUUGGCAAUGACCCCUCCCCACCAGAGGACAAGAAAAACCACACCCCCAGAGCCCCUGGGUUGGCAACAACCCCACCAGAGGACAGGAAAGACCACGCCCCCAGCGCCUCUAGGUUGGCAACGACCCUACCAGAGGACAGGAAAGACCACGCCCCCAGCGCCUCUAGGUUGGCAACGACCCUACCAGAGAACAGGAAAGACCACGCCCCCAACAGUCCUGGGUUGGCAACGACCCCACCAGAGGACAGGAAAGACCAUGCCCCCAGCGCCUCUGGGUUGGCAAUGACCCCUCCCCACCAGAGGACAAGAAAAACCACACCCCCAGAGCCCCUGGGUUGGCAACAACCCCACCAGAGGACAGGAAAGACCACGCCCCCAGCGCCUCUAGGUUGGCAACGACCCUACCAGAGGACAGGAAAGACCACGCCCCCAACAGUCCUGGGUUGGCAACGACCCCACCAGAGGACAGGAAAGACCAUGCCCCCAACAGUCCUGGGUUGGCAACGACCCCACCAGAGGACAGGAAAGACCACGCCCCCAGCGCCUCUGGGUUGGCAAUGACCCCUCCCCACCAGAGGACAGGAAAAACCACACCCCCAGCACCCCUGGGAGGGCAAUGAGCAGAAUACACCCAAAGACAUCAGCAGUCAUCCAUUCCUCUCUCCUCUCUCUUGACACUUUGCUCCCAUUGUUCUUCCCCCCUUCCUCUUCUGUUACAUGCCUGUGUAGUCACUUAUGAUUUGGACUUUGUAUAAUUUGCACUUCUCCUACAUUGGAAGGCUCUGGUAUACAUAACUUAAAUUCAUGCCUGUAUAGACCAAACAUAAUUAAAUCUCCCAUCAGCAGUGUCCAUUUACUAACCAAAUCCCACAUGAUUUACUGUCUUUCACAGAUUACACAGUCCCAUGUUGACAAAGAGCUCCACUGUGCAUUUAUCUUCUACACUUGUACUGUUUGUUAAGUGCAUUUAUCUUCUACACUUGUACUGUUUGUUAAGUGCAUUUAUCUUCUACACUUGUACUGUGUGUUCAGAGCAUUUAUCUUUUACAACUGUACUGUGUGUUA